UAAAUGCAGUAAAAAGUCCAAAAUGUAUGCCCUCCUUCAUGACCAGUGGGCCAAACUUGAGUUGUUGGCAGUCUGAUUGUGACCCCUGAGCCUUAUGUUUGACAGGGGUUAAAGAGUGGAAGUAAUCUUCAGAUGUAGGAACCAAUCAUAGUAUAGAAACACUUACACAUGAACAGAAAUGUAAAAGUAAAAUAAGACAUUAUACAGACAGACAGGAUUAUAUUAUUUAUGUACACAGAGGUGUUAUGAUGCAACUGUUGGAACUAGCACUUGCAGUUAUUAGAUGCAGGGCUCAGUCUACCCCGUGACUGCUUGUUUUUUUGCUUGGUUUUUACUUUUAAAGUGCCCGUACGCCUGAUGCACGCUCGUAAACUCCCAGCAUGUGACCCUGACGUGCCAAACAAAGCACGCUGACUGUUCUCCGCGCUGAUUGGCUGGUGGACACAGCGCCAAUAAGAUGUAAAUUUACCGCAGUCAAGCAAAGUGUCGACCUUUCGUUUACACAGAACAACUACGCGGUGACAACUUGUAGUCAUCGGUUAGUCAAACAUCAAGCCGCGAGAGGGCGGCACGUGAGACACUUAACAGAACAAGCCGCCGUUAUAAGCGGCAACAUUUUUGAUAAAUUUUCUGCGUGUGGCGGACGUGACUCGUGAAGAGAGCUCCACGAGACCGAAAUCACCCGAACCCCGCUCCGUGUUUUCCCGUCGCUUCCCUCGUAUGCACGCGGUGAGGGAGGGCGUUUGUCUGUGGGCGGUUACAAACGCUGCGUGAUUCACAAACCUUAUUUGUUCGUACUACUUUGAGCGCCAUCUUGUUUGUAACUCUUCUACGUAAGUGGUAGAGUUUCUACUGAGGGGGGUAUCGGAUUACCCUCUUUUUUUUCUCCUUCCUCCCCCCUACCCCACCCUCAGCUUCAGACCGGGAACCUCUCCCUGUGGCAGGCUAUACGCACAGGCGCGUCUGCUUUACAGCCUUUUCUCCGAAAAAAAGUAUUUUCAAGCGGACAGAAAUGAGCAUCGAAACGCUUCUGGAAGCGGCCAAGUUUUUGGAAUUUCAAGCCCAGCAACAACAGAAAGCACGUGAGGAUGAAAAGGAGAAGCUGCGUCUGCAGCACCUGAAAGAGCAGAGCCACCCUAAUGUGAACUCCACAAUCCACAUCAACAAUGUUUCUAAAGCAGAGGAGCGCCACAUGGAGUCCCGUCCCCCACCCAUACCAUCAGCUCUGUCCCCUCCCUCUGUCCCCAUUACAGUCAUCCCGAUACCUGUGGUCACCCCCAACCUUACAGGCUCACCUACUCUACCUGUUACCACGCUCUCCCCUCCUGCUGCUCCUCCACUGGCCUCCCCAAAGACAGACUCUCAUCCCCCUCUGGAGCAAAGUGCAGCAGCUCUACUCUGGUCUCCACAGCCCAAACCUGACACCCAAACCAUGGUGACUGCCAACCACAAGCAGCCGAUACAAAACCACCACCUUCAGCCGCAGCUCGUCACCCAAACCAACAACACUAAACUACACCAGCAGCUGGUUCAGCGCUAUCCGGGUACCAUCGUCUCGCCCAUACAGCAGCAAGCCUUACUGCCCCAUUCAGGCCCCUUGCUUCAGCAGGCCCCUCUGCACAAUGGCCCCGUCAGCCGGGGAAGUCCUCCUGAUGACAGUCGCCACCUAGACAGCAAGAAGAGGCCUGGAGGACGAGCACACCUGAAGGAGUGCUUCGAGACGCUGAAAAAGAACAUCCCGAACAUUGAUGAGAAGAAAACCUCCAACCUGAGUGUCUUAAGAAGUGCACUGAGAUACAUUCAGACAUUAAAGCGCAAAGAGAAGGAGUAUGAGCACGACAUGGAGCGUCUGGCCAGAGAAAAGAUCGCUACCCAACAGCGACUAGCAGAGCUGAAGAAUGAUCUUAGCCAGUGGAUGGAUGUGAUCGAGAUCGACCGCAUCCUCCGACAGACAGUGCAGCCGGAGGAGGACCAAGCUUCAACCUCCACAGCCUCGGAAGGUGAAGACAUCAUGGAUGACGAUCUGGACGAAGAGCCUGCACCAAGAGCACCCACUGCCUUACCCACCGUGCCUCAAAUCAUGAAACCUGAGCUGCGCACAACUGCAACACCUACUCAAGUCCUAACUGUGAUGCCCACCACCACUACCUCCUUCACCACCCCACACAACCAGCGCAAAGCCCCUCAGCACCAGCCUCAGUCGCUACCAGUGACCCCUCCACAGCCACUGUCUAAACCUGCAGCUCCACCAACGCUCACUGCCACUACAUCCAGCACACCUUGUCAGCUGUCAAAUCCCACCCAGACACAGAUGGUGACCACACCCAGUCUGCACCCCACAGUUAUUGCUCAUGCACCAGUGUCCCACCCUUCGGUCAUCCAAGUGAUCCCAAGUCAGAGCUCCAAAAACAUCGCCCAGCUGGGUCCCUCCACCACCACCAGCUCUGUGCAGUUAGCCCCCGGCCACCAGCCCAUCAGCCACAUAACCGUGCACCCAGUGGCUCACCUGAGCCAGCAUUUACCCACUCUCUACUCUCAGCCGGUGGCUGUCACACAGCCGGCCGUGGUCGGUCACAUCACUCAAACAAUAAACCAUGCUCAUGUGAACGGCAGUGCGCCUGCACAGCCAGCUGCCACCAUUGUUGGUAAGCAGACAGCAGUGAGCACCCAAAUGAUGGCUCACCACCCGCAGCUAGUGGGUCAGACGGUGCUCAACCCUGUGACCAUGGUAACCAUGCCCUCCUUUCCCAUCAGCACUCUGAAGCUGGCCUGAACACUGCCAACAGGACCACUGAGCUCCAGACUGUGAUCCCCAUGACAGGGGUAACGUGAUGGAGGGAUGUUAUUCCCCCAUGUUAACAAAGUGACCAAAAACAAGUCCCUGUUCUUAACCUUCCACCUUCUUGUGUGUUGGUUAGUGUUGUGGGAGCACUCAAUGGGCCACCUCCCUGCUGUGAACCACGGGCUUCAUACCAGGCCAUUGACAAGCCAACCGUGUGUGCAGGAGAGCUGCUGGAGACCCUUCUGCUCUGUUUAAUUCUCACUUAAAAGCAUUAAAGUGGACACAAAGCUGGGAACAAUCCUAAAACUCCUUCUAGACCAGACUACCACAUCUUCUAAGAUAUAAAAGGCUGCAUGUGACUGACGGUCAUAAUGUCGUGUUUGUGUUGUACACAGUGGGCUGAUGUGCAGUUUUUGACCUUCACCUGCCUUCCUUUGUUGUUUUAAAGUGAGGCAGUGCGUGUUUUCACAGAAGCUAGAAAGAAACGGCCUCACAUGGGAAAAUGUCGAUCUGCUAUUAUAGAGUCCAGACAGUGUAGGAGCAGAGUGCUGGCCCGCCAAACCCAGCGCAGGGAGAAUGUGGUUCACAGGAGCCCCUCCUCCUCAGCAGCAGCACAUGCUGUAAGGUUGGAGCCAAAUCAUGGACUGCACUUAGCCGCCUGAGCAGGAGCUGCAGUCCUCGGUGAUGGUGCACACAGCAACAGCUCCCCCUGGUGGCUGUUUGUGUUCAUAGUCAAACUACCACCUCUGCAACAAUGACACAAUUCUUCCAGUGAAGAAAAAUGAUAUCACCACAUCAGAGUGGCUGAAAAAAUAUAUAUAUACAGCUUUGUCAGUUCUAGGCCUAGCCAGGGUGUCUCAGGAGCUUGUCUCUGCCUUUAGCGAGUAAUGUUCUGUUGACAGAUUGCAGCCAAGAUGACAAUCAGCACCUUGAAUUUUAAGGCUCAAGUGCUCAAUCAGAAAAGGGCGGAUUUCUCAUUUCUGCCUCAAGUGAAUGAGUUUAAGUAUCUCAGGGUCUUGUUCACAAGUGACAGACUUCUGGUCCAGGCACCGCACCAAUCAGUGGUCUGCUGUGGCAAAGAGACAGCUGAGCGCUAAGGCAAAGCUAUUCAUUUACUGGUUGAUCCACUGUCCUACCCACAAACUGUGGUUAGCAACUGAAAGAAAUAUGAGAUCACUGAUACAGGUGGCAUAAAUGGGCUUCUUUCUAGGCUGUCUUGCUUAGCCUAGACAAGAUGAGGAACUCAUCAUUCAAGAGGAGCUGAGUCAGAUGAGGUGGUUUGGGCAUCUGAGUAGGAUGCCUCUAAGGUGAACGGUUUCAGGCAUGCACAACCAAGAAGACACCCGAUGGCAAAUCCAGGACAUGAUAUCUCUCAGCUUGCAUGGGAAAGCCUUGUUGUCUCCCACACUAGAGGAGUGAGGUCUGGAUAGCUCUGCUUAAAGUGCUACCUGUGUCCAGAUAAGCAGAAGAUUGGGUGGAUGGCUGGAUUUAGUUUUUAGUGUUUAAAGGACAAUCAAAUUGUUACUUAUUUCUAGUAUCUGUCCUUCAAACAUACUGGUGAUUGUACACUGAGCACAAAUACAAGUUAGUGUUUUAGGAUAAAACAGUUUGUGUCACAGCUGCUAAUGUAUUUUAAAUAUUUUUCAUUUUGCAGAGUAGGAUUUGUAUCUACAUCUAUAUGACCCCCAACCCCAGCAGAGGCGAGUUUAUAUGCGCUGUGAGACUUAAAUACCAUGAGGUAAAGGAUGUGAAUCUGAAUACAGAAAGGUCCAUAAAAUAUAGUGAAGUGUGUCUAUGCUGUCUUGUAGUGCAUAUGGUAGUAGGGUGUGUGUUUGCAUGCCAUUAAUGCAUGCCAUGACUGUACUAAUGUAGUGAUCACUAUGAAAGCAAGGACCUAUAGCAGUGCUCUCCGAUGAGCUUAUGAACUUCAUUACGUUACUAUAGGCGUGUGAAGGAUUUCUGACACAUUUAAGAAUCUGUCAUCCAUAAAACUGGGGACAAGUAUCUGUACAAAGCAACAACAACAGAUGACUUUAAUGUGUUUAUUCGAGGCACUCUCUUUCCAAAGCUGGCACUGUGAACAUUUAAAAAGUAGUCUCAAUGAACAGCCAACCUGCAGUUUAACGCACUGUGCUCUCUGAAUUUAAUCUGAAUGUACUGAUCUGUGAAAACAUUUGGAGUGUCGAAACAGGAGUCGAGCCCUUUUUAGAAAUGCAGUUACUUUAUUAAAGUCUAUGUAAAGUGUAACAUUACAAACCUGAUUUUGUAUUUUAAGAUUUACUGUCGCUUGUGUCAUCACCCCUCGUUUGUUAAUUUUAUCAAAUAGCUUAUUUUCUGGGACCAUGUACAGUGCUGUAUGUGAAGGGGCGAUCACUACAUUCAAUCACAUUUGGCCACUUGUUUAAAUUAUUCACCCCUUCCAUGUUUUUGUAUUUUUGCUCUGAUGCAAUACGUUGUUUCCUUGCCAUCUCUUAGAUUUCACACAAACAUCUGGGAUAAAUGGCAUUUUGAAAUAGUUUUGCAGAAAAACAAAAUGCAUAAACGUUACCAGAUACAGAUGCUUGAAGAAGCAAAAAUAUACCUGUGUUUUCCCUAUGGAGAAAGUUUACAUUGUAUAUAGCCUGUAAAUGUUGGGCUUCAUUUAGAUCUAUCUGUAUUAAGGUAAAAGCUUGGGAAAAUAUGUAAAAGUUGAAAUUUAUAAAAAAGAUACUUAAUAAAUUGUAUUAUGUUUA